AUGAUUUUUCUAUUAAAACUUGUUCCAUUCCUCCUGAUCUCUCCUGCAUUUUCCAAAUAUACGGUGACUAAUCAAUUAACACAUUAAAGAUCAAUUCUCACUUAUUUUUUUCCAGCCCGAUUGGAAUUCACUUGAUAAUCGACCAUUGCCUUCGUGGUAUGACUAUUCAAAAUUCGGAAUUUUUUGCCAUUGGGGUGUUUAUUCAGUUCCAGCAUACAGGUUUUUUCUUUUCCCUUUUCGAUUUCUCUUGUUCUUUCGGAAAAAAAAAUCAGGAAGUAGGUAGUUGAAGUAAAUUCGAUUUGAUAAGUAGUAUUUUUUCAGUUUUCCAGAAAAAAUAAGAGAAAAAAGAAGAACAGUUUAAUUGAUCAUUGUGAUAAAUUAUUAUAGAUCGGAAUGGAUGUGGUGGUAUUGGAAAGGUUCAAAACCCGACGCUGAAGUUGUCAAUUUCAUCGAUAAAAACUAUAAACCAGGAACAACAUAUGCGGACUUUGCAAAAGAUGUAAUGAUAGCCUUUUUUUCUUGUUGAUAGAAUCAUGUGAAAAAUUUAUGACUUCAAACGUUUUGUUUGAUUAGAUUCUGAUCCCGGUUUCGAUUCUGAAACAUAUUGUUUUGUUGAAAAAUCAACAAAACAUUCGAGAAAUAUUCACUGAUUGUGAGGAAAAAUUUUGUGAAAAAAAUUGUAUUUGGCUUGGGAAAAAAUUAAGAGCCAAGAUUCAAAGAUAUCUUAUCAGACAGUCUGGCGGCGGUGAAAAGGAGAAUUUUCAAAAAAUCCUUUUCAGUUUACUGCCGAAUACUUCAAUCCUCAAGAAUUUGUCCAAACCGUCAAUUCAUCUGGUGCCAGAUAUUUCGUAUUCACCUCAAAACAUCAUGAAGGAUUCACAAUGUGGCCAAGUAGAACUUCGUGGAACUGGAAUUCUCAAGAUAUUGGACCGAAGCGAGAUAUUGUUGGAGAAUUGAAAACCGCUUUCAAGGCAACAAAUAUUCAUUUUGGUUUAUAUUUUUCACAAUUCGAAUGGUUCAAUCCACUGUUUCUUGAUGAUGGAAAAUAUAACACAACCUUCUAUCCAGAGGUACUAGGAAAACUUCUAGGAAAACAACCUACAAUUGAGAUUUUUCCAGCAAGUAUCCUAUCCACAAAUGAUUGAGAUUGUCACAAAAUAUCGUCCUGAUGUUGUUUGGAGUGAUGGUGAAUGGGAUAAAUCUGACGAUUAUUGGAGAGCCAAGGAUUUUUUGGCCUGGCUUUAUAACUCAAGGUAUGUACAUAACUGAUAAUAUUUUGAAAUAAAAAAAAUACUAUGGAAAUUUCAGUCCUGUAAAAGAUCAAGUUGUUGUCAAUGACCGAUGGGGUGCUGGAACUAUGGGAAAACAUGGAGGAUUUAUGACAUAUUCUGAUCAUUAUGAUCCAGGUGAGUGAGAAAAAAGUUUUUCCCUCAAAAAAUCUACUGCAUAAUUUUCUUGAUUCACAUAACCAUUAACCUUUUCUAAUGACUUCAGAGCAAUUUUCAAUUUUCCCGAACUAAUAGUAUUCCCCAAAAAAAAUGGCCCAAAACCAUUUAUUUCAUCAUCAUACGAUUAUAAUAAUUGAACAUACAUAUAUAUGCUGUAACACAAACCAAUUCAUCUGAUUCAGCAAUAAAACCUCACAUAAAAAAUGUUCUCUAAUAAAACCGACAUUUUUUUUCCAUGUGUGUGUUUUUUUUCUCUGCAGGUACCUUGCUCAAUAGAAAAUGGGAAAAUUGUAUGACUUUGGAUAAAUACUCUUGGGGUAAUCGAAGAGCAAUGCGGGUAGGACUGCAAAUAUUUUGAAAUUUUGAGAAAAAAAAUGAUUUUAGGCUGCAGAUGUUCAUACAGCUUUUGAAGUUAUUGAGCAACUUGCUAGAUCAAUUUCAUGCAAUGGAAAUUUGUUGUUGAAUAUUGGACCAGAUAUGCAUGGUAGAAUUCCCAGUAUUUUUGAGGAUAGAUUGAUCGAGAUUGGAGAGUGAGAAAAUAUUUAUUAACAAAAGCUUCAUUAGUUUUUGAACUUCUAAAUCCUUAAAUACACAUAAGAACGCUUUUCUAGAUUUGUAAAUUCACACUCGGAAGCGAUUUUUGAGACCAAACCUUGGAUUCAUCAGAAUGACUCAAGUGGAGCGAAUAUCUGGUAACUCAUUUUUUGUUUAGAGUUUCCUCAAUUCAGUUCCAAAUCUUGUUUUUCCAGGUACACCUCAAGAUAUCGUUCAGGAAUCAAAACCGAUAUCAACCCUUCCCAUAAUCAUGUUUAUAAUGCACAAUUAUAUCAGGAAACAAUAAUUUAUGCUUGGAUUUUGGACACAAAAAUAGAUCAAACUGUUCUUAAAUCUGUUACAGCAACAGACAAGGUAUCAUUUAUCAUUUUUCAUUUUCUUGGAAAAAAUCACAUUUAUUUUCAGACAAAAGUCGCAAUCAUUGGAACUGAUAUCGUUCUGACAGGUUUUGAAAAAGGAACUUCCUUGAUUGUUGACAAGCAAAAAAUUGAUUGGCAAAAGGUUGUUCGUAGGGAUGUGAUUAUUUUGAAAAUUGAGUAUGCUGCCACUGAAGUUGUAAGUUUUUCACUUUUUCCAAAUUUCAAUUUUAAAAAAUUUGCAGAGAAAUCCCUUGGAAUAUUUGGACAAAAAACAGCGAAUCGAAGAGAAUACAUAUUUUUUGUGA